UGUGAUCAAACUGGCGUGCGAUUUUCUUUCGCGAGCUCGAUUUAGGUAGUUUUUCUGUUCACGUUUCGCGUUUUCUGUUGUUCCCGUUGGAUCGCCCCGUUCGGAAAACAAUGAGUGUGAGCAAAACGAUUACCGAAACGGCCAGCAACAAAACGACGACGUCCGUGACUCUGCCUCUGCAGCGUCCGUACGGAAAGAUUGUGCUGACGCUCGAAAACUGCCUACUUCCGGAAGCGAAGCUCGACCAAACGCCGUCGCAAAGCGAUGGCCUCGAUCGGGAAACGGAAACGGACCUGCGGAUCCUAGGAUGCGAGCUGAUUCAAACAGCCGGAAUCCUUUUAAAGUUGCCGCAGGUUGCAAUGGCCACUGGGCAGGUGCUGUUCCAGCGGUUCUUCUACUCAAAGUCCUUUGUGCGACACAGCAUGGAAGCGACGGCGAUGAGUUGCAUCUGCCUGGCGUCCAAGAUUGAAGAGGCUCCGCGUAGGAUACGGGACGUAAUCAACGUCUUUCACCACAUCAAACAAGUGCGGAGCCAAAAGCCCAUGAUACCGAUGGUUCUGGAUCAGCACUACAUCAACCUCAAGUCGCAGGUCAUCAAGGCGGAGCGGCGUGUCCUGAAGGAGCUCGGGUUCUGCGUGCACGUGAAGCACCCGCAUAAGCUGAUCGUGAUGUACCUGAAGUACCUCGAGCUGGAGAUGCACCAGAACAUGAUGCAGAUGGCGUGGAACUUCAUGAACGACUCCUUCCGGACGGACGUGUUCGUGCGCUACCACCCGGAAACGAUCGCGUGCGCCUGCAUCUACCUGACCGCGCGCAAGCACAACAUUCCGCUCCCGAGCAGCCCACCGUGGUUCGUGAUAUUUCGCGUCAGCGAGGAUGACAUGCUGGACGUCUGCUACCGCAUCAUGGCCCUUUACAAGCGGGGCAAACCGAACGCCGAGCAGCUGGAGGCGGCCGUCGAGACGCUCAAGAAGAAGUACCAGGAGCAGCGGAAGAAGGAUCGCCCCGAGGCGAACGCCACCCCGCCGACCGUCAUCACCGUCGAUCGCAACAACGGAUCGCACAACGCGUGGGGUGGCUUCAUCCAGCGGGCCCUCCCACCGCCGGUGAAUCCGUCCGGCACGACGAACGCGACGUCGAACAACAGCGGCAGCGGCAACAACUACAACACCGGCAGCACCAACAGUGGAGGUAACAACAAUCCUAGCCACAACAAUAGCAACAACAAUAACAGCAGUAACGCCGGCAUGAACAACAACGAGUCCGACUCAACGGCGAAACUCGACGGGAAGCGGAACUCGCGCUCGCGCUCCAACUCCCGGUCGCGCUCGCGCUCCAAAUCACGCUCGCCUCGGUCCAUGUCCCGCUCGCAGUCUCGCUCGAGGUCCCACUCGCGAUCCCGCUCCCGAACGUCCCGCUCGAGAUCGAAAACGCGCUCCCGAAGUGUCGUUUCGCGCUCUCGAUCACGCUCCCGAUCGGCUCACUCGCCGUACUACGAGAAGGGCGGUGGCACGAAACGCACCUCGAAAAAGACUCGCCAUCGCUCGAGGACGCCCUCGAAGACGUCCUCGUCGGCGAAGAAGAAAUCCUCCCGCCACUACUCGUCCCGCUCACCUUCGCCAAUUGAUUCGCCGCAAAAGUACAAGAAGAGCGAGAAACGGUACGAUCGGCGCUCGGGACGGGACGAGCGAACCACCAGCGACAAUCGUUACAUGAACGGCUCCGAUCGUGAUCGUGAGCGUACGAAAGGAAUCAGCAGCAGCAACACGUCCUCGAUGAUGCUGGAGCAGCGCGAUCGCCAAAGGGAUCGUGAUCGCGAUCGGGAUCGUAUCCGUUCGGAUGGUGGCAAAGGAGGAGGAGGAGGUGGCUACGAUCGCGACGAUUAUCGGCGUAGCGAAAAGGACGACCGGGGGCGGGGCAAUGGCAAGCACGACAAGUACAGCUCUUCCGGUCGCCAUAGUGACGGCAGCAGUAGGCAUCGCUCCUCCAAGCACGAACGUGAUCGUUCCCGCGACCGGGAGCGCGACCGAAGGCGAUAAAACCGGUGAAAGCGCAUACUUAAGCCACGUGUCGUCAGUGUAGCCGGGUUUCUGUUGCCAUGGAUGAAUGUACGAAAGUUUAGAUAUGUUUUGAAAAACGUCCCCCCUUUUCCUACCCCGUGUCCAGUACGAGUACCGGUUUAGGGGUGCAUUGUUAUGAUUUUUUUUAACUAGCCAACUAGCUCAAUAUAGUCACUCACUCACCAUCAUCAUACUCUUUCCGCUGUUGUCGGAAAACUCUCCGCGCGGCCGUCGUAAAUUUUGUGCCGAACUAGCUUUAAUUUUCCAUUGGAAGUGUGUACACAAACAACAACCCCCCUUCCUCUACGGGGCGCAUGUUUAGCUUCAGUUUUCAUUCCCCGUGUUUUUUACCACUGACCACCCACUCUUGUACAAAAAGGCGAAGAGAAAAAAAAAACAUGUUUAUCGUAACGCAACCGACGACGGAAAAUGGGCUCCGGUUGUCGAGCGCGAUGGAAGAGUGUAUAUUCGUAGUAAUGUAACUAGGAACUGAAAAAAAACAGUGGUAUGGUGUAGAGUAACAAAAAAACUUUAGUAACUAAGCCACCGUUUAGUGGAAUUACGUAACGAAGACAGAAGAGAUUUUAAACCAAUUCGUCGCCACUCGGGAACAGCAAGUCCAUUUGACGAUUUGGCCAAAGGAAACUUAACCCAUGGGAAUCAUCAGCGUCGUGAUGCAACCAAUAAAGCAGUUGAAAAAUGUUAUUUACAAUGUA